AUGGGCCCAGCUUCACUGCAGGAGGAGACAGAGCAGGAGCCAGGGGGAGAAAUGGAGUGCUACCACAGCCUUCUGCAGGCUGGCUCUCAGCUAGAGAACACACUGCAGCAGGUGUCAGUCCCUAUGAGUAUGAAGGAGGUGGACGGCUACAUUGAGAAGCAGGUGGCCUACCUGUCAGGUGGGCGUGGUGAGGACUCCAGCGUGAUUAUCACCCUCCCAGAAUACUCUGCUUUCAGCGACAUUCCAGAGGAGUCUUUAGCUAAAGUCUUAACAUACCUCACCCUCAUACCUCGAGCACGACAACCAGGUGUAAAAUUCAUCAUCAUUUUAGACAGGAGACUGGAUACUUGGACCUCAAUCAAAACAGCACUUGCCAGAAUUGCGGCCUCCUUCCCUGGGAACCUCCACCUGGUGCUGGUGCUGAGACCCACCAGCUUCUUCCAGCGCACCGUCACAGACCUGGGCUUCCGCUUCAGCCAGGAGGACUUCAUGCUCAAGAUGCCAGUGGUGAUGCUGAGCUCUGUGACAGACCUACUGAGAUACAUUGAUGAGAACCAACUGACCUCUGAGUUUGGUGGAACUCUGGAUUACUGCCACAGUGACUGGAUCGUCCUGAGAACAGCCAUAGAGAGCUUUGCGGUGACAGUUAAGGACAUAGCUCAGAUGCUGCAGGCGUUUGGCACAGAGCUGGCAGAGACAGAGCUGCCAGAUGAGGGCACCGGCAUCGUACACCUCCUCUCAACCCACACUGACAAGUACAGGAAACUCAAGGAGGCGAUAUGGUCUGUAUCAAAGGAGGGUCGUCACCUGCUGGCUAGCCUGGAGGCCUCUGGGAGAGAGGAGGAUUCACUAUGGGAUAUCAGGCUGGACUGGGAGACUGUGCAGAGGCUACUAGCCCAGCUGAGGGACAUGGAGUCAGCCUUUGACGGGUUCUUUGAGAAGCAUCAUCUGAAGCUCCAACAGUACCUCCAGCUGCUCAGAUACGAACACAGCUUCCAGGAGAUGGAGUUGUCUCUGGAGCGUCUGGCGACCCAGGAGAGGGAGGUGUUGUUGUCAGGGGAGACGCUGACUCAGACAGAACAGACACUCAGGGACCUGGACAGCCUGGAGGCUCACGCACAGGAGGAGAUGGCUCGUGCCCAGACCAUCAUCCUCCACGGUCACCAGCUGGCAGCCUGUCACCACUACGCCAUGGCCCUGAUCGUGCAGCGCUGCAACGAGCUACGUCACCGCUGUGACACGCUCAGUAAGGCUCUGAGGGACAAACACACACACCUCUCCCAGGCCUAUCAGCUGCUGCUACGCUUGGAUCAGGCCCAGAGUUGGUGUGACGACGGGGCCUACUUGUUGGCCCAGCAGCUGGUGGAAAAGUUCCAGUCUAAGCAGGGGGCCCAGGCAGCUCUGAAGGACAUAGACAGAUUCCUGGAGGGGGCUCCGUCUCUCCUCAGCUCAGGACCUGACCUCCUGGCCGUGGAGUUUGAGUCUGUCCUCACCCCAGAGAUACAGGUCCAGAUAGGGAAGACAUUUGAGAAGCACACAGCGGUGCAGGAGAUGAUCCACAACAGACAGGUCUGUCUGAGGAAGCUGGCUGAUAAACAAGUCCGUCCCAUUCAACUGGUGGCCCCCCGGCCGGAGAACCCACCCCGCUCCAAAUCCCCACUAUUCUCCCCCAAACAUGCUGAGAGGUCAUCUUUUGCAGGGGUCGACGGUUUGAAGUUCUCCUUCGAUCUAUCACUUCCUGGGAAGAGGACGUCACGGAAAAGCCCCGGCUCCAGAAAGAUUGAGGUGAUGCAUGACUACCAGGAGAAUAGGAGCUCCUUGCUCGCCAGCCUGGAGGGAGAGGACAGCCCAGACCUUCUCAAACGUCACGUGAUGAGGGAGCUAAUCGAGACAGAGAGAGUCUAUGUGGAGGAGCUGCUGUCAGUGCUGCUGGGAUACAGGGGAGAGAUGGAGAACCCAGGCCUUUCAGGGCUCCUGCCCCCCAUCCUGCAAAGUAAGAAAGACAUCCUGUUUGGAAACAUGCCUGAGAUCUACAACUUCCACAGCAGGGUGUUCCUGCAGGACCUGGAGGGCUGCCUGGAGACCCCAGAGGGAGUAGGGGCCUGCUUUCUGGAGCGGAAGGAGAAUUUCCAGGUGUAUGAGUGUUACUGUCAGAAUAAGUCUCGCUCAGAGUCCUUAUGGAGGCAGUUCUCAGACUGUGCCUUUUUCCAGGAGUGCCAGAAGAAGCUGGAGCACAAACUGGGCCUGGAUUCUUACCUGCUGAAACCAGUACAACGCCUUACCAAGUACCAGCUACUACUGAAGGAGCUACUGAAGUACAGUCCAGGAGGCUGUGAGGGGACCUCGGAGCUACAGGGGGCGCUAGCAGCCAUGCUGGACCUCCUCAAGUCAGUCAAUGACUCCAUGCAUCAGAUCGCCAUCACAGGUUACCAGGGAGAGUUGUCUGACCUGGGCCGGGUGCUGAUGCAGGGCUCCUUUAGUGUGUGGAUCAGCCAUAAGAAAGGCCCCACCCGUAUGAAGGAGCUGGCCCGCUUCAAGCCCAUGCAGAGACACCUGUUCCUGUAUGAGAGAGCCCUGCUCUUCUGCAAGCGCAGGGAGGAGCAUGGAGAGGGUGCAGACAAGACCCCCUCCUACAGCUUCAAGCACUGUCUCAAGAUGAGUGCGGUGGGGAUUACAGAGAACGUCAAGGGAGAUGUGAAAAAGUUUGAGAUCUGGUACAGUGGCAGGGAGGAGGUGUACUUAGUUCAGGCCCCCACAGUGGAGGUUAAGAUGGCUUGGCUCAAUGAUCUGCGAAGGAUCCUCACCAACCAGCAGAAACUCCUCAAAGAUGAGCAUUGUGUCAACAACCAGAUGCCAGACCACAUUCAACUGUCUCCGCCCUUGUCUGAGAGGGGUGUGCGGCCGUCCGGAGGGGCUCCUAAGGGCUGUCUGCCGGGGCUGGACUUUGUCUCGCUGUCCGCCAAUGUCUUUCAGUGUCUGCGCUCCCGGAGUCCACACCCUCGAAGCCCCCGGCAACGCCCCCGGCCCCGCCCCCCCAACCGACCCCGCCCCCAGCGCCACUGA